AUGUUUAUUAUAAAACAAUUUGGCCAUCGCUUCAGCGUCAGCAAGCCCGUGAUAACUCUUUGCACUGCAAAGCUAAAUACAGCUCUUCCUGAAGGUCUACGCGAAUUCUUUGAUGAGCCGGCAAAUUAUGGUAAGGAUGAACUUGAUGAGAAGAGUAAGCCCGGUCGUCCAUGGAGUAAGGAUGAAUUAAGAUUAAAAUCAAAUUCUGAUCUUCAUAAAUUAUGGUAUAUACUGUUGAAAGAGCGCAACAUGUUGCUAACAAUGCUGGAAGCUAGUGUUCAGAAAGCUCGUCGUAUGCCUAAUCCAGAUCGAAUUGAGAAAGUUGCCGAGAGCAUGCAUAACCUGGAAGCAGUGGUACAUGAACGUAACGAUGCCUAUUUUCGUCUUGAAACAGGAGAUGGUGCAGAUCCACCUAUGCGAACUGUGACAUCUUUUGCAGGCUUUACUUAUCAGAAACGUGCUACAGAACAUCUUACUCCUCCAAAUGAGCACAAUGAAAAAGAAUAUGAAGUGCCUUAUCUUGACGAUGAUGCGUAUUUAAUGCAAAAAUUAUGGGCUGAAAAAGAACACGCAAAGCAACGUGAUGCUUUGGAUGAUGAAGUAAGGCGAAGGCGACUUACCAAAAAUCAGGUGAAACAUCGACGCUCAGCCCGCUCUUAUAUCAGUGAUAUUUCUCAGCUUAAAGAAGUAAAAGAACUGGUCUCUUAG